CAUUUGGGAGUGGCCAUGGCUUUAAAUUUCAGCACUCCACCGGACACUGCACCAAACCUCCCAACCAGCCUUUAGCACCACGUCCAAACAGAGAAGGCUUCACCGUCUUCACCAUGGCCUCACUCAGCGAAGCAAAUGCUGAAUUCUGCCUUGACUUUUUCAAAGAAGUGAAGAAAACAGAAAGAAAUGAAAACAUCUUCUUCUCCCCUCUGAGCAUCUCUUCAGCCAUGGCCAUGGUCCUCUUGGGUGCUAGAGGCAACACGGCGAAACAGAUGGAAAAGGUGCUUCAUUUUGAUGAAGUUUUGAGUUCUUCUGGAGGAAGUACAAACGAUGGUAGCUCUGAGUGUGAAGAUGGAGGAGUCCACUCGCAAUUCCAGGCACUCCUAUCAGCAAUCAACAAGCCCACCGACGAUUAUUCUCUAAGAAUUGCCAACAGGCUGUAUGGAGCAAAGGAUUUUAACUUCCUUCAGCAAUACUUGAAGUGCACAGAGACACUGUACCAUGCUGAGCUGGAAGCUGUUGACUUUAGGAAUGCUCUAGAAGAAACCAGAAAAAAAAUUAACACCUGGGUGGAAAAACAGACAAAUGGUAAAAUCAAAGAGUUGUUCGCAGAGCACGCUCUAGGUUCAGAUGCUAUCCUGGUGCUGGUCAAUGCUAUCUACUUUAAAGGAAUGUGGACUGUGCAGUUUAAGAAAGAAGACACCAAGGAAGAACCUUUCAGAUUAAACAAGAAUCAGACCAAGAAUGUGCAGAUGAUGUUUCAGAAAAACGAAUACAAUCUGGCCAUCAUAGAGGAACCUGAGAUUCAAGUGCUUGAGCUCCCCUAUGGUAAAGAAAAAGAACUGAGUAUGUUCAUUCUUCUACCAAAGGACAUCAAGGAUAACUCCACUGGCCUGGAACAGCUUGAAAGUGCACUCACCUAUAAGAAUUUACAGGAAUGGACCAGCUUGGCUAAGAUGCAAAAACAAAGCGUGAGCGUGUACCUGCCCCAAUUCAGGAUGGAGAAAAGCUAUGGCCUUGACAGAAUUCUGGCAGCUAUGGGAAUGCUGGAGCUGUUUGACUCUUCAAAGGCUGAUUUAUCAGGAAUAUCAAGAAACCGUGAUGUGUUCAUGUCUGCAGCCAUCCAUAAAUCUUAUGUGGAAGUUAAUGAAGAGGGUACUGAAGCAGCUGCUGUUACAGGGGGUGUGAUAGGAACUACAAGUGUUAAGAUUCCUUAUGAGUUUAAGGCUGACCACCCCUUCCUCUUCUUUAUCAAACAUUGUGGAACCAACAGCAUUCUCUUCUAUGGCCAAUGUGCUCUUGUUUCCAUGUGUUUUAAGCUGAGGAAGGUGCAAGUAAAUCAGGAGGGCAAGCUGAUGCCUCUCUUCUCACAAAUGGUGGCUGGAAAUGUUUCCCACAAACUGGGGCCACUCAAUGAAAUUGUUACACAACAGACAAAUUGUUACACAAUUAAAGGGAAAUAUAUUCCCACUGGUGGGAGUGGCAACGGCUUUAUCUUUCAGCACUCCACCCACCACCAAAGCAAACAUCACAAACGAGUUUUUAGAAACACAGCUGAACAGAGAAGGCAUCAUCGUUUCACUAUGGCCUCUCUCAGCAAAGCCAAUUCUGAAUUCUGCUUUGACCUGCUAAAAGUGGUGAUCAAGGAAAAACAGAGAGAUGAAAAUAUAUUCUUCUCCUCUCUGAGCAUCUCCGCUGCCCUAGCCAUGGUCUACCUCGGUGCCAGAGGCAAUACAGCCAAGGAAAUGGAAAAGGUGCUUCACUUCAAUGAAGUUUUGAGUUCUGCUUCUGGAAGCACUGAGAAACCUGGCAGCUUAGAAGUAAUGCCACAGUGUGAAAAAGCUGGAGGAGUCCACUCUCAAUUCCAGGCACUCUUAACAACCAUCAACCAACCUUGCACCGAUUAUUCUCUAAGCAUUGCCAACAGGCUGUAUGGAGCAAAGGAUUUUCACUUCCUUCAGCAAUACUUUAGGUGCACAGAGACACUAUACCACGCUGAGCUGGAAGCUGUUGACUUCAGCAGCGCUCUAGAAGAGACCAGAGGAAAGAUUAACUCCUGGGUGGAAAAUCAGACAAAUGGUAAAAUCCAAGAGCUGUUCCCUCCUGGCACUAUCAGUAAUGAUGCUGUUCUGGUGCUGGUCAAUGCUAUCUACUUCAAAGGCAAUUGGUCGGUGAAAUUUAAGGAAGAAGACACUCAGGAAACAGCUUUCAGAUUGAACAAGAACGAGACCAAGAAUGUGCAGAUGAUGUUUCAAAAUGGCAAAUACAACCUGGCCAUCAUAGAGGAACCUGAGAUUCAAGUGCUUGAGCUCCCCUAUGGCAAGACAGAAGAACUGAGUAUGUUCAUUCUUCUACCAAAAGACAUCGGGGAUAACUCCACAGGCCUGGAACAGCUUGAAAGUGCACUUACCUGCAAGAAAUUUGAAGAAUGGACCAGUUUGGCUAAAAAGGCCAGCGUGGAUAUGUACUUGCCCAAAUUCAAGAUAGAGGAAAGCUAUGACCUUGGGGAAAUUCUGCAGGCUAUGGGAAUGCUGGAUCUGUUUGACCGUUCGAAGGCUGAUUUAUCAGGAAUGUCAGGAAAACCUAAUCUGGUUGUGUCCAGAGCCAUUCAUAAGUCUUAUGUGGAUGUUAAUGAAGAGGGCACUGAAGCAACUGCAGGUUCAGGGGUUGUAGUAAUUCCUAAAAAUUUGCCGAUUCCUCAUGAGUUUAGGGCUGAUCACCCCUUCCUCUUCUUUAUCAAACACAAUGGAACCAACAACAUUCUCUUUUGUGGCCGAUGCGCGUCCCCUUAAGAGAGAGCACCUUGGAAUAAUAUAGCCUUAUGCCUCAAGAGAAACCUGAAUCAUUGUAGCAGUGAGGGUACAAGAUCAUUAGAUUUCUCAUGUCAAGUCAUGUCAAAGUCUUAAAAACGUAUAAGUCUCUCUUGUUUUUUGUGUGCCAAGCACGACGUCCAGAUAUAAAAAGGUUUCCUGUUUAAAAUACAUGCAAAUAAAUCCGUGCAAUCAUA